AUGACGGAACUAAAGCAAAUUCACGCUCAUAUUUACAGAAUUGGGCUAUGGGAAGACCAUGUGGCAUCAACCAAACUCUUAGAGACUAUCAUCCUUUUGAAUUCAACCAACCUCCACUACUGUCGCCUUGUUUUCAAUCAAAUACAGAUGCCCAACACUUUCACUUGGAACGCCAUGAUUAAAGCUCAUUCAAUAACAAGAAACCCAAGUAUCUGCAUUUCUUUAUAUAAAGAAAUGUUGCAGAGAGGUUCCAAGCCCAAUGGAAUCACCUUAUCCUUUGUUUCCAAGACGUGUGCUGAUGUGGGAAACGUAGAGGUUUUAAUGGGUCUUCAGGGCCAGGUUCUGGUGCUUGGAUUCUGUUCAGAUGUUUUUGUUCUUAACUCUCUUAUAUAUGGUUACUCAGUUUGUGGGUAUGUUGAUUUUGCAAGAAGGGUGUUUGACGAUUUGCCACAGAGAGAUUUGAUCUCUUGGACAACCGUGAUCAACAGUUAUGUUCGUGGUGGUCGGGCCAAAGAAGCUAUAGAGCUUUUCUUUCAAAUUGAGAAAGAGAGAUUGGAGCUUGACGAGGUCAUAGUUGUUGCAGCGUUUACAGCUUCUGCUCAAUUGAGGGAUCUAAAUCUUUGUAGAAGGAUAGAAUGUUUGGUUCGAGAUUUAGGAGUUGAGUUUAAUUCUUUUAUGAUCAAUGCGUCGAUAGAUAUGUAUUCUAAGUGCGGGAGCAUUACUGAAGCACGUAAACAUUUUGAUAACAUGGCACAGAAGAAUGUGAUAUCUUGGAAUUCUAUGAUUUUUGGAUAUGGGAGGUCUGGCAACAUGAAGGAAGCAAGGAGGCUAUUUGACCUGAUGCCCGAAAAGAAUGAGAUAUCAUGGAGUACUUUGCUUAGUGGGUAUGCAAAAAAUGGUGCUUUGAAGGAGGCACUGAUGGUGUUCCGUGAGAUGCAGGCUGAAGGCAUAAGUCCAAAUGAUGCUUCCAUCACAGGUGCUAUUACUGUAUGUGCCCAUCUGGGGGCUCUAGAGCUAGGGAGAGAAAUUCACUCUAGUUUGGAUGAUCAGAAGGUCCGAUCUGAUGUUGUACUUGGCACUGCACUUGUGGAUAUGUAUGCGAAAUGUGGGUGUUUAGACAUUUCAUCCAAACUGUUUGAUAUGAUCUCAAGGAAAAAUGCUGUCUCUUAUAAUGUGAUGAUGUCAGGACUUGCAAUUCAUGGGAAAUCUUCAGGUUGUGUUGAAAUUUUCUCCAAGAUGGUAAAUGCCGGCAUAAAACCAGAUAGUGUUACAUUUGUCGGGAUUUUAUCUGGUUGUGCUCAUGCUGGCUGGGUGGAAGAAGGAAAGAAGUACUUCAAUUUGAUGACCCAAGUCUAUGGGAUUGCUCCUCGAUCUGAACAUGUCUCAUGUAUGGUGUAUUUAAUGGGGAAAACUGGGAAUUUAGAAGAAGCCCUUGAUUUUGUAAGGAAUUCCCCAGUGAAGGCAGAUGUCUCUAUUUGGGGAGCUUUACUUAGUGCCUGCAAAACCCAUGGUAUUGUUGAACUUGGUGAAUUGGUUGCAAAAGAAAUUCUUGAGUUGGACCCUUGUCAUGGGGGAGCUUAUGCACUACUAUCAAAUUUGUAUGCUGCUGCUAACAAAUGGGAAGCUGUUAUGAAAGUCAGGAAGAAGAUGAAGGAGAUUGGGGUUGGGAGUCGUCCUGGAUGGAGUUUGAUCGAACUCGAGGGGAAGGGACAUGAGUUCUAUGUUGGGGACAAUUUGCAUCCUAAAAUUAAGGAAAUUUGGUCAAUACUGGGUUUGAUGGACUUCCAGAUGUUGAAUUGGACUAAUUCUAGAGUCUAG